UCCUACUUUCGCCUGUGUGUCUCAAAACAUCUAUAAAAAGGGAGGACAUCAUUAUUUAUCCUUCAAAAUAUCACAAGGGACGCUAAUAAUUAGUUUUAUAUUACUACAACAUUGUUUAAAUCCAAACACACUCGAUAAAAUGCAUUAUAGGAAAUACUGGAUGACAAAGGAGACAUUGAGCUUCUCCGCCCUGCUGGCUCGUGUGAUUUCAUGUAAAUGUUAGAAGUGAAACUAAAUUGUUCAAAGGAGCAGAGCAGAUGGAUGAAAACUGACGUGUGACGAAGGACUGACUGAAGUCCACAAGAUGAGUGCUUGUAUGGAGGAAGAAGAGGAGGACAGAGCAGAGCCUCCUGUGUCCAACUUCCUGUCUAUGAAGAGUGACCAGGACAACGGUCAUCCUCCAACCUUCAGUAAUGAACCUGAACCCUCAAACACAAAUGGUGUUUCUGUGGAGAAGCAGCUGUCCUGCUGUUCUUUGUGUCAGGACAUCCUGAAGGAUCCAUUCUCUACCAGCUGUGGACACUGGUUCUGCAGACAGUGCAUCAACUCAUACUGGGACCAGUCUGCUUCAUCUGGAGACUUCCCCUUGAGUGUUGCUCUCCUGGAGGUUUUACAUGUACACAAGAUCAGUCUGGAGUUGAGAUGUUACUGUGUGACCGAAGGAACUGAUGAAGCAGGAAGUGAAGUCCUCCUCAACACCAUCUACACUGAGCUCUACAUCACAGAGGGACAGAGUGAAGAGGUUAAUACCCAACAUGAGGUGAAGCAGCUUGAGAGAGUUUCCAAGAUGGAAAUCCUCCAUGAGACUCCAAUCAAGUGUCAAGACAUCUUUAAAGUCUUACCAGCCAAAGACUUACCUGUUCAGUGCUUACCUGACCAACAGAAACACAUCAGGCUCGUUCUGACGUGUGGCGUUGCUGGCGUUGGAAAAACCUUCUCAGUGCAGAAGUUCACUCUGGACUGGGCACAGAGUUUGAAAAACACAGAUAUCAUUCUAGUGAUUCUGUUUUCGUUCAGGGAGCUGAACCUGAUCAAAGAUAAGCAGUACAGUCUUCUCAUGCUGAUCCAUAUUUUCCAUCCAACAUUAAAGAAGCUCACAGCAGAGAUGCUCGCUGUCUGUAAAGUUUUGUUCAUCUUUGACGGCCUGGAUGAAAGCAGACUUUCAUUAGAUUUCAACAACAGAGAGGUUGUGUCUGAUGUCACACAGAAGUCAUCAGUCAGCGUGCUGUUGACAAACCUCUUCAAGGGGAAUCUGCUUCCCACUGCUCUCAUCUGGGUAACUUCCAGACCUGCAGCUGCCAAUCAGAUCCCUCCUACAUGUGUGGACAGACUAUCAGAAGUACGAGGCUUCACUGACGCCCAGAAGGAGGAGUACUUCAGGAGGAGAUUCAGUGAUGAAGAGCUGUCCAACAGAGUCAUCUCACACAUUAAGUCUUCCAGGAGCCUCCACAUCAUGUGUCACAUCCCAGUCUUCUGCUGGAUCACUGCUACAGUUCUGGAGCACAUGUUGACCACAGACCAGAGAGGAGAGCUGCCCAAGACCCUGACUGAAAUGUACUCACACUUCCUGCUGGUUCAGACAAAGAGGAAGAAACACAAGUAUGAUGAGGGACAUGAGACGAGUCCACAGGAGCUGAUGGAGGCUGACAGGGAAGUUCUUCUGAAGCUGGGGAGGCUGGCGUUUGAACAUCUGGAUAACGGAAACAUCAUGUUCUACCAAGAAGACCUGGAGCGAUGUGGUCUUGAUGUAUCAGAGGCCUCGGUGCACUCAGGAUUUUGUACAGAGAUCCUCAAAAGAGAGAGUGUGAUCUUCCAGAAAUCAGUCUACACCUUUGUUCAUCUGAGUGUUCAGGAGUUUCUGGCUGCAGUCUACAUGUACCACUGUUACACCAGCAGCAACACAGAGGUACUGAACAACUUCUUAGGAAAAGACUACAGUCACUCAUCCCUGGAUGACUUCCUGAUAAAAGCCUUGAGGAAAUCUCUCAAAAGUAAAAAUGGCCACCUGGACCUGUUUGUUCGCUUUCUUCAUGGCCUCUCUCUGGAGUCCAACCAGAGUCUCUUAGGAGGCCUGCUGGGUCAGACAGACAACGGUCCAGAAAUCAUCCAGAGAGCCAUCACCACCCUGAAGGAUAUGAACACUUGUAAUAUCUCUCCUGACAGAAGCAUCAACAUCUUCCACUGUCUGAUGGAGAUGAACGACCGCUCGGUACAUCAGGAGAUCCAAGAGUUCCUGAAGUCAGAGAACAGAUCAGAGACGAAACUCUCUCAGAUCCAGUGCUCAGCUCUGGCCUACAUGCUGCAGAUGUCAGAGGAGGUUCUGGAUGAUCUGGACCUGAAGAAGUACAACACAUCAGACCAGGGACGACUGAGACUGAUCCCAGCUGUGAGGAACUGCAGAAAGGCUGUGUUUGAGAACUGUGGACUCUCAGAGACUCACUGUGAAGUCGUGUCCUCAGCUCUGAAGUCCAACCCCUCCCAUCUCAGAGACCUGGACCUGAGUAAGAACAACCUGAAUGAUUCAGCCAUGAAGUUUCUGUCUGCUGGACUGGAGAGUCCAAACUGUAGACUGGAGACUCUGAGAUUGAUGAACUGCUGGUUGUCAGAGAUCAGCUGUUCUUCUCUGGUCUCAGCUCUGAAGAACAACCCCUCUCAUCUGAGAGAGCUGGAUCUGAGUCAAAACUACAACCUGCAGGAUUCAGUAAUGAAGCUGCUUUGUGAUUUUGUGGAGAGUCCAAACUGCAGACUGGAGACUCUGAGAUUGGUUGGCUGCAGUUUGUCAGAUAUCAGCUGGUCUUCUCUGGUCUCAGCUCUGAAGAACAACCCCUCUCAUCUGAGAGAGCUGGAUCUGAGUCACAACAAGCUGCAGGAUUCAGUAAUGAAGCUGCUUUGUGAUUUUGUGGAGAGUCCAAACUGCAGACUGGAGACUCUGAGAUUGAUCUACUGCAGUUUGUCAGAGAUCAGCUGUUCUUCUCUGGUCUCAGUUCUGAAGAACAAAUCCUCUCAUCUGAGAGUGCUGAAUCUGAGUCUCAACAACAACCUGAAGGAUUCAGUCAAAAAGCAGCUGUCUGAUCUUAAAGAGAGUCCAGACUGUAAACUGCAGACUGUGAGCUUGUGAUUAUCUCCGUAACAGUGAUUGAACAUCCAGCAGUGUGUGUUGAGAGAGGAUCAGCUGUAUCCUGAUGAUCCAGAGAGGUUGAAGCAGCAGCAGCAGCAGUUUGUGUGUAGAGAGGCUGUGACUGGACCGUGUUACUGUGAGGUAGAGUGGAGAGGAGAGCUUCAUCCAGCAGUGACUGACAGAGGAAUCAGAAGAAGUGGAGAUGACUCUCAGUGCUGCAGUCUGAACUGAUCUGAGAACAGCUCCACUGUCAGACACAAAGUCAAGUCCACCAUCAUCCCUGUGUGUUCCUCUGGAUCUGACAGAGUAUCAUCAGUGUAUCUGGACUUUAGAAAGACUUCAUCACUUUGUUUUUAACCUUUAAAUGUCUCUUUACUUUCGAAACAUGUGACCAUGUGUAUCUGUUAAACCCAGAGUGACACAGCAGAUUAUUAUUGAAUCACUUUGUACUAUAACCGUUAAUUAACAGGAUUUAUAAUGUGUCAUCUCAAUUGUAAAGUCACUGCUGUUAUAUUUUUUUAGAUUGUCAUGGGCAAAGAAGAUCAUUCAUAUUUAAGAUGUGUAACACUGUCUAUCUCAUUGUA